GUAGGCUAACGCUUUCAUUCCUAUCUUCCCAGAGACCAGCUACGACCCACACACUAUUGGAAACUUCAACGAGCGACCGAUGGCACAGAUCUAGUAGGGCAGACAACAUCCUCACGAUUUUCUAGCCCUACGGUGUAUGGAAAGGGAUCCUGGAUGGACCUGGGCGAAAACAGCUGGUCCAUGGUCAAGCAAGAAGUGUCCAGCAGCCCAGGGUCACCGGCUGAACAGAGCUACUUACACGGCGGUCAGGACAGGAGGGACAGUCACGGCCGCGCGCACGACUCGGAGGGACUCAGGUCACCGCCGCCAACCGAUCAACUUGACUUAGUGGGACACCGGCGCGCCGAGGGGCCAGGCAGAUCAUCUCUACACUCCUAUGUUCACUUCGGACACGGACACCAUAACAACAACAACACUGCCCUGCCCACCACCGAGGAUAUCACGCUGUUCACGGAUUUAGACCAGGGCAACAAACUAAUCAUCUCUAGUGGAGCGCACCCACACCACAAGGGGGGCCUUAUAGUCGACCCCAGCGACAUGUAUCAAACACUAGCCAUCGCGGCGGCCCACCAGAGCCAGGCGGGGUACGACUCGCCCUCUGGGGGUUAUAUGCACUCCAACCCCAACUCUCCAGUGUAUGUACCGAGCUCCCGGGUGGGACCCAUGAUAUCCAGCCUCCCUUAUUUGCAAGCCAGCGGGUCGUCUCAGCCCAGCCAUGCGGUCACCAGCCAUUCAGUCUGGUCGCAGUCUACUCCGGAGAGUCCCUCCUACAGCACCGGGAGUCCUCAUACCUCCAACCGUUUCCACUACCCUCCAAGCCCGCCAAUGAACAACGGAGCGCCCAGGGAUAACGUCUACAGUAACCCGCUGAAUGUGGGCAGCCGAGACCAGUACGGCCUCCCACGGCCCCUCAGUGGAUCCUACGCCAGUCCCUACUCCCCGUAUGUUGGACCGCAGCUAUCCCAGUUGUCCUCGCCUUGGCCGGGAGGACCGUUCGAUAACACCAUGCUGCACACUUUGCAAAGCAGAGGUGCGCCCUUGACGAUUCGAGGACCCAAUGGAGAUAUUCUCGACGACCUCGGAGAGAGCAGGGAAUGCGUCAACUGCGGCUCCAUCUCCACGCCGCUUUGGAGACGCGAUGGCACGGGCCACUUUCUCUGCAACGCUUGCGGCCUGUACAGCAAAAUGAAUGGACUCAGCCGGCCAUUAAUUAAACCACAGAAGCGGAUGUCAUCAUCCCGGCGAAUCGGCCUCUCCUGCGCCAACUGUCAGACGAGCACAACCACCUUGUGGCGCAGAAACGCAGAGGGAGAACCGGUCUGCAACGCAUGUGGGCUCUACACAAAAUUACAUGGAGUACCUCGGCCGCUCGCCAUGAAGAAAGAGGGAAUUCAGACGAGGAAAAGAAAACCUAAAACUUUGAACAAAACCAAGGGAUCCUCUGGAAAUAGUAAUUCAGUCGCCAUGACUCCGACGUCGACAUCUUCUUCCAACUCUGAAGACUGCUCGAAGAACAGCUCUCCAAACACGCAGGUCCAGUCCUCUGUCCUGAGUGGCCCAGUGGAGGGCUCAGGCGGCUCUGCCAUCGUGAAGUACCCAGGCCAGGAUGGUCUCUACACAAGUGUGGGCCUCACCCAGUCUUCAGAUAUAGCCGGCUCCGUCAGGGGAGAGCCCUGGUGCCCCAUGGCUCUUGCCUGAGUCACCGAGCUGGGGAUGGAACCCACCACACUAGCCUCUCUCUCUGGAUGUCCUGCUGCUGCUGCGUGAUGGAAAUAUUUAGUGGCUCGAUGGUUCUGGGUCUGUUUCCUACUUCCCAGCUAACAACAGUUGAACAGAGACAGCCUUUACCCCCCUCCACACCCAUGCAAGUUUGAAAUGUCCGUGGAAUAUUUGGGAUUGAUUUCCAGAAUUAUAUGAGAAAACCUUAGUGCCUUAACACAAAGGGAAAUAUAUGAGAGGAGGCCAGUUGAUGCAUUCUUGUAACUCUGCUGUUCGGAUGCUUUCCGGACCGACCGGCUGUGCACUCAACAUCUCUCUCUCUCUCUCUCUCUCUCUCUCUCUCUCUCUCUCUCUCUCUCUCUCU